AUGAAUAGAACUACUGGAAACGAUAAUAACGAAGAACCGACGAUUAAAGAAGAACCAAUAUCAGAAUCAGAAUCUUUGAUGUCGUCAUCGGACAGUAAACCAAAUAUCAUAUAUAAAAAACGCUCACGUAUCCAGUACACGCAACAACAAUUACAUAUUCUUGAGUCAACAUUUCAACUUCAUCAUUAUCCGACCGUUGAUAUUGUCGAUAAUUUAGCUGAAGGACUUAAACUACAAACACAAAAAAUAUCGGUGUGGUUUCAAAAUCGUCGAUCAAGAAUGAAAAAAGAAUCAAAACAUGCUAAAAUUUCUAAUAUCCAACAUCAGGAAUUAAAAAGUCCAGCAGUUCGAUCUCCUACAUGUUUUUCACCAUCAUCAUCUUCUCUUUCGCCCUUCAUCGAACAAAUGUAUCAGAACACAUGGAAUAACUACAGGUAUCCGAUGUCGUCUUCAUCAGGCUUUUCUCAGCCAAUGUAUACAUUAAAUCAGUAUAAUACAAUGUCUUCGCCUUCUCCUGCUCAUUACAACAAUUAUUCGUCACCUGCUAACUAUCCUGAUCAACCAUCUUAUCCAUUUCAUAAUUCGACAAAUUUUCAAUAUGAUCAUUAA